ACGUGUGGUGCGCAAAUCCAUUGCCAGAGUCUUAACUGUUAUCAAUCAGACCCAGAAGGAGAACUUGAGGAAGUUUUACAAAGGCAAAAAGUACAAGCCUCUUGAUCUGCGGCCGAAGAAGACUCGUGCCAUGCGACGCAGAUUAAACAAACAUGAAGAAAAUCUGAAGACCAAAAAACAGCAGCGAAAAGAACGUUUGUACCCUGCGCGGAAAUAUGCCAUCAAGGCAUAA